UUCAGAAAUAUCAAUCAUGAGGCUUGUAAAAUGAGAUUGAAUCAAAUAAUGCUUGAGAGCUUCUCUUAGAACGAACACUCACAGAUUGGCCAUGAAGAGUCAAAUCAUAAGGUAACGUUCUUCUUUAUAUCAAAUACAUUUAAAUAUCUUCUAGUAUUUUUACGAAACCUUCUUUCGUUUAUUUCUAUCCCUUCCUCCAUGGAAGCUAAUCGGCAACGAAGUCUCUCCACGGAGAACGGACGGAAACCAAGCAGAUAUUUCCGGGAACGUGUCGAGAUAAAUCCUAAAAGUGAGCCGAUAUCGCUCAACCUUAUCCUCUUUUUUAUCCUCGAUUUGACCGACCUUUUCUCCUUUUUCCUUUUUUUUUUGCAAUAAUAAAGCUUUUGUUUACUCUUUUGUCAUCACAAUAAUUAAAUAGAAACUAUAGAAACAAGUAUAUAUAUAUAUAUUACAAACGACGGAAUCGCGUUCAACUUCAUUUCAAAAUGCCACCAUAUCGAUCAAUUCCGUCCGUCUCCCCUCUUCGUCUUCUCCCACCAGCGUUUUAGUGCACUGUUUAGGGUUUCUUCUUAGAAUCUGGACAUGACGGGAGGCGACCAGCCAUCGCGGCUUCUCUACGAGCUCUGCGCUCUCCUCCUCGAGGUCCUCCGCACCCCUCACCUCGCGCCCCUGCCUGCCGACGCACCCUCGCGGCCACCGGUUGAUGCUGCGACGGCGAGGAGGCGGGUGCCGACACGGAUGUCACCGGCACGGUUCGCCUCUCUCCUCCUCGGGGCGUCGCUGGCGUUGAUGCUCUGCGGGUUCGUCACGUUCCUGAUCGGGUUCAUACUGAUGCCCUGGGUGGUUGGGCUCGUGAUCCUGUUCUACUUCGUGGGGAUCGUCUCGAAUCUGCCCGGGUUGGGAAGGGCCAUCCUUAGCCCCGGUAGUGGCCCCUCAAGCCCCAAGGAAAUGCCAGGGAUGAUAUGUUCACGCUAUUGCCGCCGCUGCUUGCUGCUGCUGUCGCCACUCGCCGCUCUCGCUGUCGCUCCCAUUGUCGCAGCUCGCUGCUAUCACUCCCGCUAUCGCUGCUACCGUUGCCACUGGCUCUGCUCACCGCUUUCGCUCCCGCUGCUGCUGCCGCUGCUCAUUGCUACUGUUGCCACUGUCUCCACUCGCCGCUUCUACUCCUGCUCCUGCUCCUGCUGCUCGUUGCUGUCGGUGCCACUGUCGCCGCUUGUCGCUCCCGCUGUCGCUGCUGCUACCGUUGCCACUGUCGUCGCUCGCAGCUGUCGCUCCCGCUCUUCUCAGUCAACACCCUCGGUCUUCCGACUCUUUCCUUACACUCUUCUCCUCUUUCGAUAGUAUACUGUUAACAGUAUAUAGUUAAUAGUAUACUGUAUACUGUUAACUGUAUACUAAUAAUAGUAUUUAUAUUUGAUUAAUUUAAUAGCAUAUUUUUAUUUAAAAAUUUAAAUAAUUAUAUUUAUUAAUUAUAUUAUAUAUUUUUAUAUUUUAGAGCCUCACUUCGCUCGGGCGAGCGCCUAGCACCUCGGGCGUUUUUGAACCUUGGUGCCUUUUGACGCCUAGCGCUUUUUAAAUCACAUCUUCUGUGUCUUUGUGUCUCACUAACAAUUUAAUUUGCUUUUGCUUGCACAUUUUUGGAUAGCUACAAAGUAAAGAUGUUCAAUCUAUUUGCAAAUACUUAGAAAUUGAUGUCAUUGCAAGAGUCUUGUGCUUUUCUUUUUCACUUGCAUGUCAGGAAAAAUAUGACCUUAAAUGAAUGUUUCUCUUCGUGAGAACUCUUCUUAUCUUUUGGAUGAUGUAAGCUGCUUAGUGAAGACUAAGAUAUAGUUGUUCAGAAUAUAGCUUUAAUUUGUUUUCCUAGAGUGCUUUUGCAGUGUCAUGCUAGCAAUUGAUCCCAAAGCAUGCAUAUUGUUCAAUUGCUUAUGGGAGUACAAUCUGGGACCAGAAUGAAAUUUAGAUAUCUAGUGGGCAGGUUAUGCGAUUUAGGAGGUAGUUUCUGAUUACCACUGUUAUAUUAGGUAAGCUGUAAUUUUAAGUGGUCUUAUGUAGAAGCCAGGGGAAGAAUUGGUUUCUUGGGAGAGAAUGAAAGGUAAACAUUUUGGAUAAUCCAUAUGCUUUUCCGAUCUGUAUGAGUUUUGUUCAAUUGUGUUCAUGUGUGUUGUUUACAUGUCUGUCCUUCUGUGUGCUGAGAAGAAUGUGAUGGAAAGGGCCCGAUUUGAAGAUACAAUUCAUAAAAUUUCUGGAGUAUUUUUGUUAAGUAAAACUCACUUCCCUUCAAUUGACAAAUUUUCCUUGUCGAUCAAUUAUUUUCCCCUUUUUUGUUGUUUUCGGCAGGCCCACUGUUCUCUAAACUUCCAAUUAUUUGAUUGUGGAGCUCAGACAUGCAAUAGUUGAUACUGCAGAUCAUGAAGACGGUAACUAUGAACCUUCGAGGAUCGCCUUGAUUCUUCCUUGAUGUCAGUUCGAUGGGUGCUUGAAUCUUGUUUUCAUUCUUUUUCCCAUACCAUGUACCUGUUAGUGUUCCAUGGCUGCUCGAGGACCUCUUUGUUGCUGCAGAGUUUGCACAUAAAAUUAGUUACAAGCAUCUUGGAUUGGCUGAUGCUCCUGUGGGUUGGGUGUCUCUAUAUGAGAGGCUACAACAAGGGCAGCCAUCGCUUAAUCUUUAUAUGAUACAGAAGUACAUGGUAGAUAGAAGUCACCAUUUAUGGCUUCACACACUUUGUGGUAUCAGACCACAAUUCAUGGCUUUCCAUGGAGGUAAUCCUGCUGUUGUUUAUCACAGUAACUAGAACUGAGACUAAUUCAUCCAUCACUGGGCUGAGCUCUAUGAACAAUGCAAUUGGUCUAUUAUUUAGUUUUUGAUGAGUUCUGUCACAAUCAUAUUAGUUACCGGUAAGCUAAAAUUUCUGAUGGAUUUGUUUCUUCAAGUGAUGUAUUAUGUUAUACUUGUUUUAGACAAAAUCACACACAUAUACAUUCUUCUAAUUUUAA